UGAUUUGUGUAUUUGUUUUUGUGUAAGGUGACAAAUUUCUCCCUAUUGGAUGAGCGUUUCGCUUUAUUUGCUGUCGUAGCAUUGAGCGGGAGCACCCUGUCGGCUUUGGCAUUCGAAUGGCUCCCGACUUUGCCCUACACCGCGCGAUUUUGGAGAAUGACCUGGAUAGUUUUUACAGGGUUUUGGACGCGCGCGAAGAUGGGACAGCGGCCCUGAACGAAUAUGACCAAAAUGGUAACACGCCGUUGAUGUUGGCAAUUCACUUCAAGCGCUUGGAGAUGGUGAGAGAGCUGUUAGAGCGGGAUGCGGAUUGCGCGAAGAAGGCGCAGUCCGGCUGGUCGCCGUUCCACGAGGCGCUGAUUAGCGGUUCUGUGGAGAUUGCGCUGAUGGUUCAGAGGAAGUGCUCGGCCAAGAAGCUCAGAGAUGUGUCCGAGAGGCUUCCGGGCAUUAUAGAGGGUCUCAGAGAGAGCCCGAAUUUCUAUACUGAGCUGAGCUGGAAGUGCAGCUCCUGGAUUCCCCUGGUGUCGAGGUUCGCGCCUUCGGAUACGUACGUGAGCGUUGCUUCGGCCGUGUGUGGUGUGUGUACGACCUGACUUUUUUUUUGCAGGUACAAGAUAUGGAAGGUGGGGUGCACUCUGAGGGUAGACCUGACGCUGAUCAGCUUCAACAACUUGAAGUCGGUUCGCGGGAACCGCAGUAUUUUGUUCAUAGCACCGAAGGCGGUGGGAGAGAAGACGAAGAUAUACUUGCUGGACACGGAUCAGAAGAGGUACCAGGACCUGUCAGAUUUGGUCAACUUGACGUGCGACGACGACUCGAAAAUUUUGAAGAAGAUCUACGAGAGGAGAGCGCAGAAGUGCUUCGUGUUGCCGCAGGUGGUGACGAAGGACUGCACGUUCGAGCUGGUGGGGAAGGAGGGGGACAGGAUGGAGACCGUGUGUGGGUAUCCCUGUCGCCGCUACUCGAUGAAACAUUUUUGCUACCGUCUGUUUUACAGGAAGCUGAAGUCGCCCGUGUCGUCGUCGAGGGGGGGUGGGUCGGACGCGGCAGAUAGGUUGCUGGACAACUCCGUAGAAGAUUCGCUAGCGAUGGAUUGGGAGGAGUACAAAGCGUCCGCCAAAGUGGAGAAGGGCGCGGUGUACCCGUUGUUGUAUAAGCAUGAGGUUUUGACUCAGACACAGAAGGUGUUCAGAGGGACAGUUUUCAUCACUCAGUCGUUUCCGAGGAAGAUAACUGAGUUUCUGCCGAUUUUCCAAAUCAUUUUGCUGACGAGUCACCCGUACAGAUUCAAAAAGAUACUGAAUUUCGUUCAAAUGAAGUUGCCUGACAACGGGUUUCCUAUCAGGUUCGAAAUUCCUGUCUUCCCCAAAAUACAAGUGCAAGUGUCUUUUCUCAACUACAGAGAGCUCCUCCCAGACCAGGUGGACGCCUCUCUCUUCGAGGUGCCGGAGGGAUUUAGACCUUACUCUUCAGCGCCGCCCUCCUAAGGGGGGGGGGAGCGGCUACGCAAGGAGAGACAUGUGUACAGUGUGUACCGGUGUACGAAUGCGUGAUUUUCUUUUUUUUUUUGGAGGUAGAUGUCAUUUGGUGCUAAGAGGUCGAAUGUUGUCUCUGGCGCGCGGCGUUCGCAGGGUGGUUGGGAAGAGGUCGGAGAGGCGUCACUUUUUGACGAAGAACUACAAAGGGAACUACGUGGUGACGUUGAUUCCGGGCGAUGGGAUUGGCUCGGAGAUUACGGCGAGUGCGCUCGGGAUACUGCAGGCCGCGGAGGUGCCGAUUGAGUUCGAGAGGUUUGACGACAUUGGCGACGAGUUGCCGCAGGCGAUGUUGACCAGCGUGGCGAGGAACGGAGUUCUGCUGAAGGGGACGCUGCACACGCAGCCGUCGCUGGGUCCGAUGUCGAGGAACGUGUUGAUUCGUCGCGCAUUUGAGCAGACGGUAGAGGUGGUGCCGAUUCGUUCUAUGGCGUCGAUCAAGACGCGUCACAAGGACAUUGAUAUCGUGGUGAUUCGAGAGCAGGUGGAGGGCGAAUACUCCGGCCUGGAGCAUGAGACGACGCCCGGGGUGGUGCAGUCCCUGAAGGUGACUACGGCCAACCAGAGUGAGAAGGUGGCGAAAUUCGCGUUUCAGUAUGCGUCGGCAAAUGGCAGAAAAAAAGUGACAGCUGUACACAAAGCGAACAUUAUGAAGGUGACAGAUGGUCUGUUUUUAGACAGCAUUCGAAAGGUGGCGAAAGAGUACCCGGAAACGGAGUACAACGAGAUGAUAAUUGAUAACACCUGCAUGCAGCUGGUUACGAAUCCAGAGCAGUUCGACGUGAUGGUGACACCGAACUUAUACGGGAACAUUGUGACAAACAUCGCAACGGGUUUAGUUGGGGGUCCCGGUGUGAUUCCUGGCGCGAGUUUCGGAAAGCAUGUUGCGAUUUUCGAGCCCGGCGCUAGACACGUGGCUCUAGACAUCACGGGAAAGGAUAUCGCCAACCCGACGGCGCUGAUUCUGUCGACCAGCAUUAUGCUCAACUACAUGGGUCUGAAGGAUUACGCGUCGAAGAUAGAGAGUGCCAUUCAAUACGUAUACGAUAACACGCUUUUCCGCACCCCUGACCUGGGUGGCACGACUACGACGAGCGUUUUCACUCACGAAAUUAUUCGUCGAAUGCAGAUGAGCUAAAAAAAAAAAAAUGUAUUUUUUUUUUUUUUAUCAUUCUAUAAAA